CGGCAACUACUUAAAGUAUAUUUGUAUAUAAUCUACAAUAAAUAUGCCACCUGUUGCUCAAGAGGGCAACUGUCUCAUUUACCGUGGCAGCAACUUUCUCAAACAGCGCCUGGUCUUGUCCUGCCUGAGCGGUAAGCCAGUGAAAAUCACACAAAUACGUUCAGAGGAUGAACAAGCGCCUGGCUUGCGUGAGUAUGAGAUUAGCUUAAUACGACUGCUGGACAAACUGACCAAUGGAACCAAAAUUGAGCUAAACCCCGCUGGAACAAGCGUAAUGUUCAGCCCUGGCCUGCUGCAUGGCGGGCAACUGCAGCAUGAUUGUUGUGUGCAACGAGGCAUUGGCUACUACCUGGACGUGCUCAUUGCACUGGGACCCUUUUGCAAAAUGCCUCUGCAGUGCAAUCUACGUGGUGUGACCAAUAGCAAGGACUCGCCAUCGGUUGAUCAUAUUAAAGGAGCUGCGUUGUCGCUGCUUAAGCGUUUCAUACUCGUUGACGAAGGCCUAGAGUUACGUGUGGUGCGUCGCGGCGUGGCCCCACUUGGUGGCGGUGAGAUAUUCUUUGGCUGUCCAGUGCGCAAGAGUCUUCGCGCUAUACAGUUUCAACAGCAGGGCAUGGUUAAGCGCAUUCGUGGUACAGUAUAUGCCUGCAAGGUGUCUCCUGCCAUGGCUAAUCGGACAGUGGAGGUGGCAAAGGGUUGCAUGCUAAAGUUUCUACCAGAUGUCUAUAUCUACACUGAUCAAAAUCGUGGCAAAAUGUCGGGCAAUUCACCAGGCUUUGGCAUCUGUCUGGUGGCGGAGACAACAGAUGGUGUUUGCUUUGCUACAGACUGCAUCUCCAACACGCAGGAAGAAGCGCAAACACCUUCUAUACCAGAAGAUCUAGGCAAGGAGGUUGCCAUGCGGCUACUUGAUGAGAUUUAUAGAGGUGGCUGCUGUGAUUCCUCAUAUCAAUGGCUAGCAGCACUAUUCAUGGCUCUGGGCCAAAAGCAUGUGUCUAAAUUCUUAACAGGUGCGCUUUCCACAUAUACGGUGCACUUUUUACAGCAUCUGAGAGACUUUUUCUCAGUUACUUUCAAACUGGAGAAUCCCGAGGCAGAGGACGACGAGGAUGAUGAACGCGGCGCACAAAAGGUUUUAAUGACUUGUGUUGGCAUUGGUUAUACCAACAUUAGCAAGCGCGUUAUAUAGAGUAGAUGCAUUCUUGUUUUUUUUUAAUA